GUGGAGGAGUAACGUGUGAGACGAAGAUCCUUACUCUCUCUGUUAGCUUAAAGCUAUGGCAACUGGUAAAACAGUGAAAGACGUCUCACCACAUGACUUUGUGAAGGCUUAUGCUUCUCAUCUCAAGCGAUCUGGCAAGAUCGAGCUUCCUUCAUGGACAGACAUUGUGAAGACCGGUAAAUUGAAGGAGCUUGCACCAUAUGAUCCUGAUUGGUAUUACAUCAGAGCUGCAUCUAUGGCAAGGAAGGUAUAUCUGAGGGGAGGUCUUGGAGUUGGUGCUUUCCGUAGAAUCUAUGGUGGCAGCAAGAGAAACGGCAGUCGCCCACCACACUUCUGCAAGAGCAGCGGUGGCAUUGCCCGUCACAUCCUCCAGCAGUUGGAGACUAUGAACAUUGUUGAGAUUGACACCAAAGGAGGACGAAGAAUUACUUCAAGCGGGCAACGGGAUUUGGACCAAGUUGCUGGACGUAUUGCUGUUGAAAUUUGAAGAUCUUAAUGUUGUUUUGAGUUUUGAAACCAAUGUCCUGUUUUUAGUGUUUAUCUUUUUCUCUCAAAGAACCAUUAUUACCAAAGACUGCUCCCAUAAUGUUCAGAGACCCUUUUUUUCUUUUUUUUUGUGGAUCCUUUCAACCUUUAAAUAUGAAGUAUCAUCAUCUAAAAUAACAAAACCUAGGUCCUUUGGGAUCAAUCUUUUUCUCUGCC